UCAUUAAAUCCAAAGUCUGUUCGCGUAAAAAGCAAAAAAACUAUCAAAUUUUCGCGUUUUAUUUUUUUAAUAUACUUAUUCAUACUUCUUAACGAUGGCUCCAAAAAACCAAAGAUCGGAAGAAGGGGAGGAGUUUUCGGAUAGUACUCCUGGUAGUACCCCUGGUGAUUCCGUUCGCAAACGAAUACGUAUUGAUAAAAGCGGAUCUACUGGUCCUCUACGAGCUUCCGGGAAGUAUAAGUCUUUAAAAUCCCAAGAAGAGUAUCAAAUGGGCUCUAUUGUUCGUGUGAACCUUAAAAAUUUUGUAACAUAUGAUUCAGUAGAAUUCUUUCCUGGACCGAAUCUUAAUAUGAUUAUAGGACCCAAUGGCACUGGCAAAAGCACGAUUGUGUGCGCCAUUGCACUUGGGUUAGGUUGGAAUACCUCGCUACUUGGGCGAGCGAGAGAUAUUUCCGAUUUUGUUAAACAUGGUCAAGAGCGAGCUUCGAUAGAAAUCGAAUUGAAAAGUGAGAAUCCAAUAGUUAUAACCCGUACUAUCGAAAAAUCUAAUAAUUCUUCUAGGUGGAAAAUAAAUGGUAAAAAUGCGACACUAAGAGACGUCCUUGCCAAGGUUAAUACACUAAAUAUUCAGGUGGAUAACCUUUGCCAAUUUUUACCUCAAGAUAAAGUGAGCGAAUUCGCCCAGCUAUCGCCUUCUGAGUUACUCGUUCAAACUCAAAAGGCGGUUGGUGAUAAAGAAAUGACAGAAUGGCACGAACGUUUAAUAAAAUUAAGAGACGAGGAAAAAACAUUAUUAUUGACAAUUAAAGAUGAUGAAGAUCAAGUAGAUAAUCUUGAAAAAAGAAACGCGAUCUUAGAAAGAGAUGUUGCUCGUUACAGAGAAAGAGAAGUCAUUCUGAAUCGGGUUAAACUUUACGAGAGAGCGAUUCCAUGGGCUCGUUAUGACGUUGCCAAAAAUAAAUAUGAUGAUGCAAAGAAGAAACGCUCUGAUAUUCAUACGACUUAUCAGAAUCUCGUAAAAGAAAAUGAACCCUUGAACAACAAGAAAAGUAAUCUUGAGAAAAUUGGUAAGGAUUCUUAUAACGAAAAAAAAUCAUGUUUUGAGCGCUUUUCAAGUAAAAAGCGACAACUUGAAGAAACAUCGACCAAAUUGGAUAAGUUGAAUAAUGAUUGUGAAGAUAUUCGCGAAGACUUAACUAAUAUGAAGAAAAAGGAGAAACAGAGAGAAAAUCGUAUUGUAGAAAUUCAAACUGAAAUUGCAAGAUUAGAAGAACGAAUCUCCGUCAAACCUCCAGAAAAUGACACAUCCGAAAUAAAAAGCAAAAUUGAUGACCUUUCUGCUCACAUGCAUAAAAUUCAAAUUGAUGGUAAAGACAUCCAAGAUAGAAUAGAGCAAUUGGAUGAUGAUUCAGAAAAAAUUAAUCGUCAAAUCUCGCGCAUUGAUCGAAAACGUAAAGAACUUGAAGAUAUAAGAGAACGUCGACUUGAUGGUCUGAGAUAUGAUAAUCCACCUGAUACAAUAAAGGCUGUUGAUUGGUUGCGUGAAAACGGAGACAAAUUAUUCGCUCAUGUUUCUUACCCUCUUUGUGCAGAGAUUAAUGUUAAAGAUAAUCAAUAUGCGGAUGUUGUCGAAAGUGCUAUAGGACAACAAAAUCUUAGGACUUUUGUAUGCGAGGAUGAACGAGAUUAUCACAUAAUGACAAGGGAGCUCUGUGACGUACGUAAAUUAAGAAUCAAUGUUGUCUGUUUCUCUAAUACAACUUUGAGAGAUUUUCCUCGGCCUAUACCUAAUGAUAGGCUAAAAAAUCUUGGAUUCGAUUGUUUUCUAUUGGAUCAAAUUGAAGCUUCGCCAAUAGUACUUAACGCUCUUUGCAAUUUGUGUCAUUUAUAUAAAAUUCCAAUAGCACCACAAGGAGUUAACUUCAAUCACGAAGAAAUUGAGAGAACCCGUGCUUUUACAAGAUACUUUGUUGGAGAUACAUCUUAUUCAUUAUCCUGGUCGAAAUACGGAAAAAGGCUUUCUCAAACUUAUACAAAUAGAAUUCGACCAGCUAGACAUCUUAAAUUUUCAGUUAAUAUUGAACAAAGGCGUGAUCUUGAGCGUCAAUCUCAAGAAUUGCAAGCAAAUUUGACUGAAAUCAAUAGUACUAAACAAGAAUUAAUUAAAGAAGAAAAGGAAUUAAGGGAAACAUUUGAUAAUUUAAAAAAUGAAAAGACUGCUCUCAAUGAAAAAAAGCUAGAACUUCAACAAGCGAUGAGGGAAUAUCAACGAAACGCAAUCACUCUUGAUUCCAAGAGAGAACAAUUACAACGCUGUCUUAAUGCCCCUGAAUCAAUGAAAGAAGAGGAGAAUGAAUUAAGAAAAAAUUUACGCAAGACUGCGGAAAAACGAUCCGGAAUGGUUAUAAAGUUUCAGAAUUUGUUAGAAGAGAGCAUGGAACUUUUUAACAGACGUAGUAUAGCUACGUUGAAAUACAUCCAAGCUUCGUCGGAUCUUAUUGACUUGGAUACUAAAUCGCAACAGCAGAACGACGCUUUAAAACAAGCUCAAACGAGAUACAAUGAAGUGGACAAACUGUAUAAUCAAGCCAAAGAAGAAGCAAGAAAAUUACAUGAUGAAUGUAAUUUUGAUGAUAAGGAUGAAGUUGACGAGCUACUUAAAGAAAUGACGUUGGAAGAUCUCGAAGAUGCCGUUACUUCUGAACGCACAAGAGCUGAGAUGCAAUUUGCCGUGGACUCUCGUGUGAUUGAAAUAUACGACCAAAGGAAAGCCGAAAUCGAGUCUUUAAGGGCAAGAUUAGAAAUUAAAACAUCUCAUUCAUCCAAUUUAGCAAAUGAAAUGAAAUCAUUACGAGAAAAAUGGGAACCCAAAUUGAAUGUAUUGAUUAAAGAUAUCAGCAAUACAUUUUCGGAAGCCUUUGAUCGUAUAGGAUGUGCUGGCGAAGUUCGUGUCAGCACUCACGAUGAUUAUAAUAAAUGGGGUAUUGAUAUUUUAGUAAAGUUCAGAGAUAAUGAGAAAUUACAAAUAUUGAAUUCCCAGAGACAAUCUGGUGGAGAACGAUCUGUUUCUACAAUUAUGUAUCUGAUGUCACUUCAAGAACUUGCCAAAGCUCCAUUCAGAGUUGUUGAUGAAAUUAACCAAGGAAUGGACCCACGAAAUGAGAGAUUGGUUCAUUGCGAAAUAGUUAAGACUGCAUGCCGUCCAAACACUUCCCAGUAUUUCUUAAUAACUCCUAAAUUAUUGCCAGAUCUGGAAUAUCACGAAAGGAUGAAAAUUUUAUGCAUUUAUAAUGGAGAAUGGCAGCCAGAAAAGAUGGACUGGCAUAAAUAUAUAAAAAAUAAAAUUAGUUCUUAAUAAUAAUUAACAUGUUUUUUUUUCUUAUUGUACCUGCCUCUCUUUAUAUAAAUAUCACAUUCAUAAUAUUCAUAAUAUUCAUUCAUUGUUCAUUCAAAGACUUUAGUAAUACCAGCUCCUCUUAGUGAAUCUCUUACCGUAAUUAUUUUAAAUUCAGGUAACGGACUAUAAGCAAUGUAAUUUUACAUCUUCACUUAUAUUAUUUUAAACUAUGCCGA